AUGCAAGCAGCGACAACAGCCGUCCCAACGCACCUCCACGGCCACAGCCACAGCCACAGCCGAGAUGGGGUGCGUUCGCGUCCGGGGGCAGAGAGCAGAGGAGACCCGGUCCUGAUGCUGCUGAUGACAGAGGAGGAGGAGGAGGAGGCAGCGGAGGAGUGGUGGUGGUGGUGGUGGUGGAUGUGGGCAGAUGAUGUGCGCCCGGGUGGAUGGAGAAGCAAAGGGACAAGCGGCUUUUACGCAGACGUGAGGAGAGGAGGGACGCCGAGCUCACUCACUGCGGCCGCUAGGUGGGGCUAG